AAACUCGGCAUUUCCUUAAAAUACAAUCUAAAACCAAUACGAGUGCAUAAAUAUGUAAUCGGUAACUUCUAGAAUUCAAAAUGUAAUCACGUGGUCAGCCUAUUGCCCAGAACAAUAUAAAUAUCUAUUUUUAGAAUGUCAAGGAUUAAACAUAAGUAUGUAAACGGCCGUUAAAGUAUCGUCGGUCAGUGUCUACUUACGUUCGUACACAAAUAAGUAACUGUACCAGGUGAUGUGAAGUUCACUAGUACAGCAACGGAUUUGUCAAAACAGUGCUCGCUGCGACGAUUAGUAACAGUGAAUAAUGAACCCGCUACAUUUGAUAUUUGCGUUUUUAGUGAUACGGAUUUCCGCGGUGGAUUCGGAAAAAUGCUUAACAUAUAAGGGCACAAGAGGGACCUGUGUCAAUAUAAAGCAAUGCCCGUUUCUGCUGCAUCUCUUAAGAAAUCGGAAAUCAUUCUCGAUCACGAGCUUAGCGAUAGAACAAUUAAACAAAUCUAACUGUGGCUUUGAAAAACUCGAUCCGAAGGUAUGUUGCAGUAGUGAUCUCGACGAUAACGAUGAUUCCCCGCUUCAAAAGCUGCCCACCCCAACAAACUUAAUUUCGAACAAUAUGAUCGGCUUAUCGAAAGAGACCUCUUGCCGGACGGGAGGUGGCGAUGAAGGCAGGUGUAUUAAUGUCAACGAAUGUCCUUCACUGUACGCAAUUCUGAGACAAGAAUCAUCAGUGACCGGUACUGGUUUGCAAAUACUAAAGCGAUCGCUGUGCGGGUUUGAAAAAAUGACUCCUAAGGUCUGCUGCAGUGAUAUUUCGCUACCUUUAGAAUCUAUCACCUUAUUAUCGGGACCAGAUCACCUUACGCCAAGUCACUCGACCCGAGAGGAAUGCGUCACUCCACGAGGUACGGAAGGCUUGUGUGUUAACAUAAAACGAUGCCAAUCACUGUUCAGACUAUUAAAACAAUCGUACAGAUUAUCGUACGAGGUUUCACAGAGGUUGAACGAAGCGCAUUGCGGAUUUGAAAAAAUGGACCCGAAGGUUUGUUGCGAGAAUGAAGAAGCCAGCCCAUCAAGCACAUCAAGUCCACCGCUCGUCGAUCGGCCGAUUGACCAGCAGGAGAUUCCAUCGCCGCCGGAUGUAACCAAUCAUCCUAAUCUCGGCCUGCUUGAGCACGACGUUUGCGGUCCUAUACCAGAGGCGAAAAUUAUCGGUGGUGCAAAAACUACCGUCUUCGAAUUCCCGUGGAUGGCUUUAAUCGCCUACGACUCGGGCUCUGUACUUCCGGAGUUUCGCUGUGGCGGUUCUCUGAUUACAAAGAAACACGUUUUAACCGCUGCUCAUUGCGUUACGGCGCUACCUGCGAAUCUACGUCUGGUCGGAGUACGGCUUGGGGAACACGAUCUGUCGAAGGAAAGGGAUUGCGAAACGGACGUCAACGGGUUGGACAUAAACUGCGCUCAAUAUUAUCAAGAUUUUUCUGCAGUGGGAGUGGCGGUGCACCCGGAUUACUCGAGGGUACAACAGAACGAUGACAUUGCUUUGAUUCUGUUAGACGAGGAGGCGGAUUUCAGCGCAGCAAAUGUGCGGCCAAUUUGUUUACCCGUCGUUCCGACGAUGACAUUGCAUUCAAAGAUGAUCGUGACGGGCUGGGGUGCGACAGAUACAGGCCCGCGAAGCGAAAUUUUGCAGAAGGUCACUUUGCCAAUCGUUCCCAACGACGUAUGUGCCAGAUUGUACAGAGAGCGGAACGUAAGAAUAUCGUACAAACAAAUAUGCGCCGGAGGCUCGAAUCGGUCCGAUUCAUGUUCCGGAGAUAGCGGCGGUCCGCUUCAAGCUCUAGGGAUAUACAACAGGCAGCCAAGAAACAUUCUUUAUGGGGUGGUUAGUUUCGGACCAAGAGAUUGCGGAAUAGAAGGGGCUCCCGGGGUUUACACGAACGUUCCAUAUUAUAUGGAUUGGAUUUUAAAUACGAUAGGAACAGAGAUAUAUGACUAAUCAUUAAUGAGUAAUAUACGUUGACGCAUUAGUGUGGUAUCAGAAAUUUCAUGCUACGUAUAUAGUAUGACAUAUCCUUUCACGUUCACACACGUGAGAAGAACUUCGAUGUAUUGCAUUACGCUGUACGCAUAUGUUAUCGCUAAUAAGUUGUAUAUUUGUACAAAAUUUUAUUUAUUUUAACUGUAUAUAAGUGUCAUUGCCGAUAUUGUGUCACCUAUGACAUCCGUAUUAUUAGUAUUUAAAGUCAAUAUUAUCAGAACUUCUUUAUGCUCAAUUGUUUUCCAUUUGACGUUUCACCGAAAAUAAAAACAAAAUUCUUGACUCGACUACUGGCCCAGUUAUACAGCUAUUACUCAUUCCCUAAUCCAUAUUGAGUAUGUAUGCUGACGGGAAUUUAGUAAUAACAGAAGUAGUUGCCAUAGGGUCUUUAUUUCAUAUUAUAAAUAUAAAUGGACAGAGAACGUUGACUUUUCCCAACAUAGCAUAAUUUCAUGUACGGGCAAUUAGUUACGACAGAUAAACAACGUAUAUCGUCUCUGUAAGCAAGUUAACCUUCAUUCCCUUUCUCUCAUUUCGCCAAUUGAAAAUUGUAAAAGGAAUAAGUGAGUCUGCUCUUUGUGCACACACUCAAGAUCAUAAGCAAUUAUCUCGAUAUUACGUG